GAGGCCCACAUCGCCCCCUGCUGGACUGGCUGAGUCAGCGAACCCUCCGCGCUAAUUUACAACACGCACUGCCUUUAAUGCUGUCCUAUUUGGGUAUUCUAUAGCCGACAAAGGACAUCAGUGUACGUUUGAUUUGUCUGAAUUAUUCUCCCAAAUGAUUUAUUUUUUAUCAGGUAGGCAAACAGGUUUACGUAGCAGAUUUCUCAUCAACGGAGGCUGUGGAUGCAAGCACGCUUAGUUCAUGUAAUCAGGAUGCUACCAUCAUAUAAAAAAAAUACAUUUUUGCAGUUCAGUAAUUAUUACCCUACUUAUACCCCCCGUGGGCAAACCUAUGUGUUGCUGAAACAUGGUAACUGCUAAGCACUGUACGAGUCUCCCCGUCAGCAGAAUGCUGCAACACUAGCGGUUAAACGCGUAAAUGAACGAGCGUCGCUCACACUGGAUGACCACAAGACCUGUGCUGUAGAAAGAUGACUUACGUCUUAAGGCUCUUUGGAGUUGUUUCCAUGGCUCAUAUCAUGUCUGGGCGCAGUUAUGCAAAAAAUGUAAACCCAGAUGUAAUCAAGGUGGCCAGCUUUGCCAUCCACAUCCACAAUCACAUGAGUAACUAUCCCUAUGCCUAUAAAGUUGUGGACAUCUUGUCUGACACUGCUAAGCUCUGCCCUCCUGCCCGGAUUGAAUACUCUAUAGCAGCAAAAGUGGCUGAGACCACUUGCAUAAACAAUGGCACUAUAAAGCCUGAGGACUGCAGCCUGAAGACUAAUGCACAGACAAUGAUCUGCAACUUUGUGGUUCUGGCACUUCCAGGUAGGAACACAGUGCCCAACCGCCUUCUGUCAGACUACUGUACCUGACUGUUAAUGGGAUUCUUUACAGGGGAUCAGUUUCAUCAGUAAUAUCUAUGGAAUAUGUGUAUAUGAAAUGUUUUAUAUUUAUAUAUAGAAUAUGCAUAAGAAAUGUAUUCAUCAGUGUUCGAGAACAAUGCAAACCAUGUUAUGCUUGCAAACUCAGUUAUAAGAAUUAGACAUUAAACUAUAGAAAUAGAAAAUUGAAAAGGUGUAAAAGUUUUUUAGUAGGCCUACUUGACUCAUAGCAUCUUUGGGAGCUAAGCACUAUUGGUACAAUGUUGCAAUAAAC